AUGGCUGAAGGACUCAAGGUAUCCAUUGAGAAGUUGGAUGUGGAUAACUAUACGACGUGGUCGCAGCAGAUGAAGUUUCUGCUGGUCCACAAGAAGCUCUGGAAGGGAGUGGCCGAUCCCGCAGGGGAUGCGGAUAGAACCGAGGAGGCAAAGGCUGUGAUAAGUCUAAACGUGCGGUCCCAGCACCUAGGGACGGUAACCGCUGCGGCGAACGCUAAGGUUGCGUGGGAUGCAUUGGAGGCGAUCUACAAAU